GAGUGAGCUCCCUACCUGCUCUUCUGUCGAUGCAUCCGCUCUGCUGCUUCAGAGAGCCACAACGUCGCAACACUGGAGGUAUGCGCUGAACAGCGAAUUGCGAGCUCAACAGCCAUCAUAUCCGCGACACUCGUUACUACUGGGCACAAGUACUAUUCUUCCACCACUUCACCCACCACAUUCGCUUCUUCCUCGGAACCAAGCCAUCCACCAUGGCUUCACCACUUCCAAAUAUGCUGUUCAGGCGGGACUCGACAGUAGAGGAAAAGUUCGAGCAGAUUCUCUCCAACAAUCCGCUCGGCGCCUCGGUUUCGCAAGACUCGGUCCUUAUUGCCAUAGGCACGUCUCUCGUCAUGACUGCCGUCAUGCUGGCUGCCUUUAUGCUCCUCCGUCCCCACGUAUCCGCCGUCUACGCGCCCCGACUUCGCCAUGCCGAUGAAAAGCAUCGACCGCCACCAUUGGACAACAAGCCAUUUGCCUGGUACCACCCCAUAUUCAAGACGAACGAGGACCAAUACAUGCACCAGAUAGGUCUGGAUGCCACCAUCUUCCUUCGCUUUGGGCGCAUGUGCCGCAACAUGUUCCUUGUGCUGUCCGUUGUAGGAUGCGCCAUCAUCGUACCCGUCAACGUCAUAAAGUCUGUUGAAUUCCAGAAGAACUUUGGCGGGGCUACCAUCAGCACGGCCAUCUUCUUGAUGACACCCCGAGACCUGUUUGGCGAGAUCUUCUGGGCUUUUGUGGCUCUGGCCUAUGUCUUUGACGUAAUUGUCUGCGGUUUUCUAUGGUGGAACUAUCGUGCUGUGCAUCGGCUGAGGCGCAAGUUCAUGGAGAGCCCCGAAUAUCAGAACAGUCUUCAUUCGAGGACCCUGAUGAUCACCGAUAUCAAGAAGGAGUUUCGAAGCGACCAUGGCAUCGUUGAGAUCAUAGAUAGCUUGCGCACGACACCGGAGGUCCCGCGAGCAUCGAUUGGCAGGAACGUUAAGGAUAUUCCAGAUUUGAUCGAGGAGCACGAAAAAGCCGUCAUAGAGCUGGAGGCCGUCCUUGCAAAAUAUCUAAAGAACCCCAAGCAAUUACCCGCCAGCCGUCCGCAGUGUAUGCCCUCGAAGAAGGAUCCCGAGUUUACAGACAAGAAGCAAAAGGUGGAUGCAAUCGACUACCUCACAGCCCGAAUUCAGCGCUUGGAAGCUCAGAUCAAGUUAGUCCGCGAGACGGUAGAUAAACGAGAUGCCAUGUCAUACGGGUUCGCGAGUUACGAAAGCUUGGAGAGUGCGCACAGCGUUGCGUUUUCCGCACGCAGCAAACAUCCAAAGGGAACCACUAUCCAACUUGCCCUCCGACCAAAAGACAUAAUCUGGAAGAACUUGCCCUUGACUCCAGGGACGAGGCGUCGGAGACGAUUUAUCAAUCGCUUCUGGAUCGUACUGUUGACGUUGCUAUACUUUAUUCCUAACGCCAUCAUCGCCGUCUUCCUCUCCAAACUCACUAACAUCGCCCUUCUCUUGCCAGCAUUUCAAACACAGCUCGGCUUGCAUCCUACCUUCUGGGCUAUCAUCCAGGGUCUCGUGGCACCGGCACUCACAUCGUUGAUCUAUUUUUUCCUACCCAUCAUCUUUCGCCGUCUGUCCAUCAAAGCGGGUGAUGUCAGCAGAACCUCCAGGGAACGACAUGUCAUCUCACAACUCUACGUUUUCUUUGUCUUCAACAAUCUCUUCAUGUUCUCGCUCUUCGGCGCUACUUUUGGCUUGAUUUUCAAGCUGUAUCACAUUGUCGACACGGGUGCCGCAACAUCGUUCUUAGAAGUCUACCAUGCCAUUGAUCCCUUUACGAUAAUCAUGCAGACGCUGUGCGAAGUCUCGCCCUUCUGGAUCACAUGGCUUGUUCAGCGUAAUCUUGGUGCGGCCGUUGACUUGGUCCAGCUUGUCAAUCUUGCCUGGGGCACCUUGUCGCGCAAACUGUCUAGCCCGACACCGCGAGACAUCAUAUCCUGGACCGCACCUCCGCCUUUCGACUACACCGGCUAUUACAACUACUUCCUCUUCUAUUCAACAGUGGCCCUCUGUUUUGCUUCAUUGCAGCCUGUGACUUUGAUUGUCACGGCUUUGUACUUUACUAUAGAUUCCUGGAUGAAGAAGUAUCUCCUGAUGUAUGUUUUUUGCACUAAAAACGAAUCCGGGGGUGUCUAUUGGCGCGUCCUGUUUAAUCGUAUGCUCGCCGGCCUGUUCUUGUCUAAUUGCCUUAUUGCACUCAUGGUACUUGCUCGGGGCUACGGCUUCAAGUAUCACAUGCUUGCCGCCAUGGUCCCUCUUCCAUUAUGUCUACUUGCAUUUAAGUUUUACUGCAAGAACGCGUUCGACAACUCGAUCAAAUACUACACGAAGGGCGAGGUGAAGAAAGGAACCGAGGCUCCCACCAUCGACAAGGAGUCGCGAAAGCGUGACCGUGUUGCUGUUCGCUUCGGCCAUCCUGCCCUCUACCAAAAACUGACAGUCCCAAUGGUGCGCGAAGAGAGCAAACACCUCCUCGCCGAAAUCUACCGCGGCCGUCUAGACGGCGACGUCGGCGACACAGGUUUCAGCGACGUCUACCACAUGAAGCGCAUGAGCAAGGACAACCCCGGAAAAGCCGCCACCACCACCACCGUCGCCCCCUUCGAAUUCGUAUCCGACAGCAACAUGGACUUUGAGAACUUCAAAAACCGCCCCGAAUUCAGCGACGACCACGGCGGCGGCGACGGCUCCCUGUACGGCGGCCGCCCAGGCACACCCACUUCCACAAUCGGCCGCGGGCGCGCGUCGUCCCGCGACUCGGAACGCACGUUUAGCCCCGGUAGUGAUGAAAAUGGCGUUAGCUACCCCGCGGGUUACCAUCAUACGCCCUCGGCUCUGAGGGAAUAUAGUCCCAGUCCUGGUCCGGACUCGCGUGUAAUGCGUACCGCUGGGAAUCCGAAUUACCAUGUUCCCGACCAGACGGGUUUGCUGGCUGGCGCGGCGCCCAUGGGGAAUCACACGCCUAGUGCGUAUACGCCGUAUAGUCCUGAUAGGGAGGCGGGGCAGGAUUACUUCCGUGGGAGGUAGAGAUAUGCUUGUAUAGAGAUGGGGGGGUUUGUGUUUCUUUUGUAUCGUUUAGAGUGAGCGAGAUGGGAGGGGGGCUUAUGCAUCUAGAUGGCGUUUUGGGGUUUUGUCGUGCGUGAAUCUGCAUUGUAUUGCAUUGCAUUUGCUGAGCUGAAGCCUUUUUGUUCUCCUUUUUAGAGAUUGGAGAAUCAAAGAUGGCAUAGGGAUAGAUACCAUGGAGUGAUGCAGUGGAGAAUACUGCUGGCGCGGAAUUAUCAUCACUUGUUUACUAUGACGCAACGCUUCGUUCGAUGAAUUGAGAUGAGGGGAU